AUGGGGCCAAAAAAGCCACCGAACGUACCAGGGUCCGCAGCUCCAUCGCCUGCAGUCCCACCCGCUGCAGCGCCAGGGCUAUCAGCGGCAGAUCUACUAGAGCAGCAGCAACUAGAAGAAGAUAUGGCAAGGGAAGAUCAAGCAGUGGCAGAUGCAAUAGCGGCAGCUAAAGCAGCGGCAGAUAUAGCAUCAGGGAAGCUGCCACCAGAGCCAGUAUCGCCAGCUGGCUCACAAGGCUCACAAGGCUCUCAAGACUCUCAAGGAGAUGAGCCAGGUCAGGGACCAGCAAUACCAUUUGAAAGUGCACCACCAAUUGUCGAUGAUGCAGCUGCAGUCGCAGCCAGAAAUGCCCCUGUCGACCUUCGGUUUCCUGGUGUAGCAAGGGCAAAUUUAUUACCAUUAAUGGGUGCAGGGAUCCAUCCAGUAUCAACAUCUGGCGCAGGUCAACUCUGUGGCCUUCAUGCUCUGGUUUACAGUUACGGUGCACUUCGAGACCUUGCGGCUCCUGAGGGCACACCUGUCCCCCUGGCAGAUAAUCCAACUGCCAAAGACUUACAACUGUACAGGACGGGCCCCCAAUUCUAUAAGGACGUUAUGGAAUUCCUCAGGGCUCAGGGCAUUAUCGUUUUUGCGGAUAAUGAGGGGAAUCCACUUACUGAGAGACAAAUCAUGAGACAGGUCACCGGGAUAAUACCAAACUCAACCCAAAAUUAUGAUAUCAAUGUCCUCCAGUCAGUUCUCUUGCAUUUGAACAGGACUUACGGAACAAACUAUGUUAUUGGUCACAUUUUACAUGGCUUCAAUGUUCGGUGGGAUCCUAUCAAUAAGGUAUGGGAUACGGGGUACAAGUCACCAACAGCGGCCCAGGCUUAUGGAGACGGGGUUCGCCCAAUACUGUGGCUCUAUAACGACAAUCAUGAAAAUGAAAUUAAAUCACUGCAUCGGAAAAAGAAGAACGAUACCAUGAGCCACUGGAUGGGAUUUUCAACAUUGCACAGGAAUCUAGAUGAGGAAUUGAUUGAAGAAAGCAAUUCGUGGUUUGAACACGACCUAGAUGCUUAUUUGGAUGAAGGAGUCUGGAUUGUUACAGCUGACGUUGAAGGAUAUAAUCCCGACCUUGAAGAGCAUCAAGAUAUCAAUGAGCUCAGAUUAUACGCUGGUAACUUUGUUAGAUUGCCAACGAACCCUCCAGUUAAUGACGCACCCGCCGGUUUCAUGUGGGUGGAAAGAAGUCCAUAUUUUUUGCGUGAUGCUGAAACCCCCGGACCGAUCGGCUUUGCACCACUGAAAUGUUUAAAAAGAAUUGUGAAGGACUCCCUCAGGGAAGCACACGAUGCUGCUGGAGCAACUGCUGCCAAUAUUAUCAGAAGAGUGGGCGUUGUAUCAGAUGACAAGGGUCUAUGGCAAGAAUUCGUAGUUCACCGUACCAUCGAGCCGACCACGAAGAUCAAUGCAAGAUACGCUAAUCCAAAUGAUCCAGCAAAGAAAUUUGUUGGAGGUUUCGAAUUUGAGGAUGGCGAAUUUCUGCUUGACACACAAGAACCGCUCAAGAAUCUAUACCCUCGGAUGAUAAAAAUGGACGGAACAAAAGGAAGAGUCAAACCUCGUAACCUUCAAUUCUUGGAAAAAGCAUGGAAGCUCCCCGACAGGCUUCCCAUAGCAGUCUCGGGUACCAAAAAGAAACCAAACACUUCGAUUACGCCUGGUAAACAAACAUUAUUAAAUUCCUCCAAUAAAUCAGAUCCCAAAUACAGGUAUAGACCAACUAUGAAAGCAGAUGAUUUCAAAAUAAAAGACCUAAGAAACCACUGCAAAGCUCGCGGCAUGGUUACCAAAGAUUAUGGGAGAACGAAGGUCUCGAUGCUGGCCAAGCUUGUCGAGCACGAUGAAAAGAACAAUAGUGCGGUCCAACCCGCGGGAGGUCAAGUGCCUAAACCGGCUGAGUCUGGCCAUUUACUACCUAUGAGACGCGUCCUAGUAGAUAUCGCAAAAGAUGCUGGUCCACCUAAGAUGCCCCCAUUUUUUGCAACAGAGAUAGUGGUGGAGUUAGGUAAAGGUGACGUCAACGAUCCUGCAACUUGGAUAAUCGAUUAUGAAGGUCGAGUUGGCAGGAUUGAUGAUGAUAACCUUGAGCCAAUAGAUGGAGCCUGGGGGAUUGAACUGGAUCCAGUCAGGUGGAAUCAACUUUUAAGUACUUUGAGAAAGGACUUGGGUUACGAUAAACCCCCCAAACCUGCAGCUAAACCAGCCACCAACCUUGCCGCUAACCCUGUCGCAAAACCUGUAGCAAAACCUGCCGCCAAACCUGCAGCCAAACCUGCUACCAAGCCCGCCGGUAAGAAAGUGGCUUUUGAAAAUCUUCCACCUCCAGGCUCCGCAGCUUCAGGUGUUCCGGCUCCGAAUUCCCCAGCUGGAAAGACGGUAGGAAAAAGACCUGCUUCUUCCUCUGCGGAGCCUGCCAACAAAAAGACAAAGAAGAAGAAGAAGAAGUGA